UUCUCCUUUCAGAUUCACUAUUUACAUCGUUCUCUGGCCAUACACACUCGUUCGACUGGCCGGCUCGAUGCUGCUGUCUUCACCACUUAUGCGACACGAGCCCUCCCCAGAAACAACUUGAGACCUUAUUCUCGCUCGAAGGACAUGGCGACCUCUCAAUUACCCUCGAAAUUUCCCUGUUGGUGUCGCGCAGUCUAUUCUUGGGGAGGAGAGACGGACAAGGAUUUAGGAUUCGUGGAAGGCGAUCUGAUAGAAUGCCUAAAUGCUGGCGACGGUUCGUGGUGGAUGGGAAGAUUGAGGAGAGAUAAACGGAUGAUGGGCCUAUUCCCUUCGAAUUUUGUCGUUGUUCUCGAGGACAACUUUGUGCCUAUGAGUCGGUCCGUCAGCCCGUUGCCAGAGCUACACAAAACCGACAGCGGGCGAAAGAGUACGCAGGAACAACAACAAGAAAAGAAAGAACGAGCAAAAUUCAGAAGGCCUUUCCAAGGUUACAAGCAUGCCAAAGCUCCCACUGGCACAGGGGCCACACCGCAACGAACCACGGCACCAGCACAACCAGUAUAUGAUUCCAGAAACCCUCCCUCUACAGUGCUAUGGCAGCAAAGACCACCAUCGCGAGCGCCAUCACGAUCUCCGUCUCCAAUACCACACCAUGAAAUCGGUUCUUCUCCCCCACCGCCUCCUCCACCUCAUCGCAUUCUUGGGGGUUUCAACGGCAGCGCGUCUCGGGCUCCCUCCCCGGCGCCUGAGCCACUUGAUAUGAACGACAGAUAUCAAACCUUCUCCCGGACACCUUCGCCAGCACCACCUUCUUUGAACGGGCACACUCCUCCGAUGAUCCGUAGUGCUAUGGACGACGUAAUGUCUUCGCUUGAUGACAUGACAUUGGUCGGACAUGAUCCACAACAUGGGCAGGACCAUGAAUUCAACCCUUGGUCCCCAGAAGCUUUUGACGAUUUCCGUCGACCCAACGAGCGAUCGGACCCUCGGCCAUUGACGAGUCUAGGGCUAGGUGCAGGAGGCAGCAAUUACUCAGAAGGACGUAUCAACUAUAGUAGCCGCCAUAACAGCCCAGACAGGUUUCAGGAUGGCGCUCCGAGGCUUGAAAAUUACGUUCAGCGAAUGGAGAGCAGACUCCGUCAUAUGCAGCAGGCUAGAGAAGGCUUGAUAGAUCCAGACGACGUCGCAGGCAGCGACCCACCCGAACCACCUGCGAAGAACUCACCUUGGUCGUCGCGCCCUGUUUCAUCUAUGGCGGAUCGUAGAAAGUCACUACGGAAACGGAAGUCGGCUUAUGAACUUGGAGGCAAUGGGUUGGCAAGGACGUACACGACGAAAACAAACUCUACAAACUCCAGCAGCGGCGUUCAGAGUGUUGCGACGAAUUCUUCACAUCAAUCGAGCAUGACCAGCCAAAGUCUCAUGAGCGGGUACUCGGCUGGUGCUUUCAGCGCGACGAGCGCAGGCAGUCUCGCCAGGAAGAGAAUGGGGAGUAUCCGAGACAGAAUGAGCCGACCUAUGACUAGCGCAGGCAUGAGAAAUGACAGGUGGGAGCAGAACGAUGCGAGACCGAAAACACCAAUGACAGGCAUCUCCUUCCAUUCCAGUCACGACUCGAGGCAAGGUGCAAAGUCGGCCAUAGGCUGGGAAGAUGCAGAAAGGAGUACGACUGGUGGUCUUGGUGGAUUCACCACGCCCAAGGCCAAGAAACCCGGGUUCUUUAAGAAAUUGAUGGACAGUGCAAAGACGGGGGCUGCGAGCGCCAGAAGUACGAUCUCGGCAAGCCAGACCGGAAGCAAUGCCGGUUCACCAACGAAAUUGACUGGUAUCGCUGGAGGCACAGCUUUCAAUGCGCCCGUUGCGAGUACAAAUGUGAAUUCGUAUGGUGUUGAUGCCGCCCGUGAGAUGGGCCUGGCAAGCGGAGCAUCGGGCUCAUACAUCCUCACGCGGCGCGAUAUCAAUCGAUCCAAUACUCCCGGGCCAUCGGAACGACAAGAACGAGCGGACCGGUGUCACAUGCUUGAUCAACCCGUCAUUUGUCCUGUAGAAGAGCUUUUCGAGACUCUACAAGGUGAUGAAGAUGCAAAUGGUCGACCAGUCUACGAACCUUUUCAGAUCAGUAAUCCCAGCUUCAGCCAAGUCGACAAGGCAGCUCGGUUCAUUACCAGUCUGCCGAUCAGUAUCACCGCUGUGAGUCUUGCGACAGGCUUCAUCUGCCGGCCAUACCGAAGUGGCGUUCAAAGACUGAGAGCAAUCUUCAUCUGGUGUGCAGAAAGGAUUAGUUGGGAAGAAGACCACGACAUGGGCGGAUACAACUACAAUUCUCCCAUCGAUACAAGGCGCGUCAUACAGUCAAGAAGAGGGAAUAGCCAGGAAGUCUCGGCUUUGAUUCUAGAAAUGUGCUCGGCCAUUGGAAUUCAUGCUGAGGUCGUGCAAGGAUAUCUCAAGACACCAGGAGAAGAUCUUGAUCUGGAUAGUCUCAGUCGACCGAAUCACUUCUGGAAUGCAAUACUCGUCGACAACGAGUGGAGAAUGAUGGACGCAAGUUUAGCAAGCCCGACUAACCCAAAGCGAAUCUUAUACUCGAGUAUCAGCACAAGCAUCGCGGAGGCGUGGUAUUUCCUUGCAAAACCAAGCGAGAUAUCCUGGACGCAUGUACCUCUCGAGGAUGUUCAGCAGCACAUGAUUCCCAGCAUCAGUGCGGAUGUGCUGCUAAGCUUGCCUGGAACAUGCCCGCCGUUCUUCAGACAAGGUCUGUCAAUGCAUGCAUACGACACUAGUAUUAUUCGCAUGGAGGGACUGGAAAUGUGUACACUCAGCAUUAACGUUCCCCCAGAUGUUGAGAUUGUGGCAGAAGUAGAAGCCAGGAAAUACCUUCGAGAUCAGGACGGUGACGUUUACGAAGACACUGACAACAUUACCAAGAAAAGAGCACUUGCUCAGCCCAGUUGGUAUCGAACCAUGCCAAAUACUGAAAUAUGUCAAAAGCGAUAUGUCGUCAAGGCCAUCCUACCCGGAGAUGAAGGAAUCGCCGUGCUGAAAGUCUACGCUGGGAAGAAGGGACUGAUGCUGAGCUCUCGGGAUAUUGUUCAUCCUGUGGCCCUGGCUUUGCCGCUUUAUCAAUCUGGCGAGAAUCCUGCGUAUGAUUUUGUUCUGCGACAUCCCACACCACAUGCCACAAGACAGGAUCUCUACGUUGUCCAACCACAAUGCAUACGACUGGGCGCUGGCGAGACAUACGUCUUUUGCGUUCGACAGCACGCCGCAUCUGUCGCUUCGAUGCCUGCCACUGAAUCAAAUGGCUUUGACCAUCGACCCGUCAGUCCGAACCCACUUGCACGGCCAGCUAGUGCGAUGAGUAUGACGAGCAGUGCGGCCGGAAGCAAUCCAAGUGAACAGGGCAGCAAUGUCAUUGGGCCAGGAGGUGUGAAGGUCGUCAAAGACAAGCCAGCCAAGCUAGCGAUUCAAAGUCCGAGUGGGAAGAUCAUCAGACUGAAUCGUAAGCACGAAGGGCUACCACAAGCAAGUGCUCUCAGGGAUGUCGACGGUGAGAUUCUCGGCAGUGUGUGGGAAACGACGGUCAAAGUUACCGAGCGUGGAACCUGGCGUGGUCUGGUGCUGGCCGAUCGAAGUGCAAGAUGGUGCGUUUUUUGUGAAUGGGAAAGCUCAUGAUUUUGGGAGAAGGGGGAGCGAGGCUAUCACGACUGGCCUACUAAUCGGACUGGCAUAGCCCAUGUGCAAUGAUUGGCGUUCUCGGCGGAGUGACCAAACAAAAGUUUUUGCGAAUUGUUUUGGAUUUUGUGGGCGGAUACCCAGUAUUUUGUUGGAUGACCAUGGUUUAUGAGGUGUUGUUCUGCUGAGAUCUGGAAAGGCUUUGGUGAAACGAUUUCGACACGGAUGUUCAUGGGUUUGGGAUCAUCCGAUGAUGGGCACUUAGGUGUUUGAAAUAUUUCAGGCUUCUCAGUUCAUUUCAAUGGGCGAUUGGAUCCAAGGGAGGAGACAAUGUGGCCUGGCAUGGUCGAUGCCUUUUAUUAGGGGAUGUAUGAACAACAGACAGUUUUUUCGAGGGCGGGCUCCUACGAGUACUCCGUAAUGAUUGAGACGAAUGAUAGGAUUGCGUAGCAGCGUAUGGAGCAAUUAAAUGAC